GUGGCACUGCAGCUGCCCGGCGGGGCCCGCGGACCGCAUACAGGCCGGCUGCCUGGCACCGCGGAGCAAACGGAGGCCGAAAGUUUCUCUGCCUGCGUCAUCCAUCCAGACUAGAACUGAGGCGGCCACGGGACCUGUCCCGUCUGGCAACUCUGAAAAAGAGAGAAGCCCUGCAAACUCACCGUAGAAGAGCCCGCGGUCUGCGGUGGCUCAGGGCAGGUCUAUGAUAUUCCCAAGCUUUGUAAGACAUUUGCUAUGACUGUACCCUCCUCUCAAAGCCAGGAUUGCCCCUUGCUGCUACAACCACACCAAGUACCAACUCUUUUCCACCUUUUUUUGGCCUUGAGUCACCAUGGGCAGUGUCAGCAGCCUCAUCUCUGGCCACAGUUUCCAUAGCAAGCACUGCCGGGCUUCACAGUACAAGCUACGCAAGUCCUCCCAUCUCAAGAAGCUUAAUAGGUAUUCAGAUGGGCUGCUGAGAUUUGGCUUCUCCCAAGACUCAGGACAUGGCAAGUCCAGCUCCAAAACAGGCAAAAGUGAAGACUUCUUCUAUAUCAAGGUUACCCAAAAGGCCCGGGGUUCCCACCACCCAGAAUAUUCUGCAUUGUCCAGUGGAGACAUGGGGGGCCAGAUUGGACUGGACUUUGGGCCAUCCACUCCACCCAAGCUUAUGCCCUUCUCCAAUCAGCUGGAAAUGGGCUCUGAGAAAGGUGUCAUGAGACCCACAGCAUUUAAACCUGUGCUACCACGAUCAGGAACCAUCCUCCAUUCAUCCCCAGAGAGCACAAGUCAUCAGCUACACCCUGUCCCUUCAGAGAAACUCAAGGAGCAAGAUCUGAAGCCUGGCUUGUGCUCUGGGGCACUAUCUGACUCUGGCCGCAAUUCAAUGUCCAGCCUGCCUACACACAGCACCAGCAGCAGCUACCAGCUGGAUCCACUGGUCACUCCCAUGGGACCCACCAGCCGUUUUGGGGGUUCAGCCCACAACAUCACCCAGAGCAUCAUCCUCCAUGACAGUAACAUGAUGAGUCUGAAGGCUUUGUCUUUUUCUGAUGGGGGCAGCAAGCUGGCCCACCCAGCCAAGGCAGAUAAGGGCUCCUCAUGUGUUCGCUCCCCUAUCUCCACUGAUGAAUGCACCAUCCAAGAGCUGGAGAAGAAGCUGCUAGAGAGGAAAGGAGAGCUUCAAAAGCUGCAAUGCAGCUUUGAAGAGAAGGAGCUGAUCACCAGCCAGGUCUAUGAGGAACGGCAAUGGCGCUGCAAGGAAGAGCUGGAGAGCAUUGAUCAGAAGUGCAGCAGCAGAGCCAAGCAGGCCUCACAGAAAAUCCAGCGCACCCAGCAGGUACUGCACCUCCAGGUGCUCCAGCUCCAGCAGGAGAAGCGGCAGCUUCAGCAGGAGCUUGAGAGCCUCAUGAAGGAGCAGGACCUCCUGGAAACCAAGCUCAGGUCCUAUGAGAAGGAGAAGACCAGCUUUGCCCCCGCACUGGAGGAGACCCAGUGGGAGGUGUGCCAAAAGUCAGGUGAGAUCUCUCUCUUGAAGCAGCAACUAAAGGAGUCUCAGAUGGAAGUCAACACCAAGGCCAGUGAGAUCCUCAGCCUGAAGGCACAGCUAAAGGACACACGGAGCAAGCUGGAGGCCCUAGAGCUGAAGACCCAGGACUUAGAGAGUGCUCUGCGAACUAAGGAGCUAGAACUGGAGGUCUGUGAGAAUGAACUACAGCGCAAAAAGAAUGAGUCAGAGCUCCUGCGGGAGAAGGUGAACCUGCUUGAACAGGAUCUGCUGGAGCUUCGGGCCCAGGCAGCCCUGAUGCAGCAUGAUGGUGCCAGCUUAGGGCCUACAUUCCCUGAGGACAUCCCUGCCCUGCGACGGGAGCUAGAGCGACUCCGUGCUGAGCUGAAGGAGGAGCGACAAGAUCAUGACCAGAUAUCCUCAGGCUUCCAGCAUGAGCGGCUGGUGUGGAAGGAAGAGAAAGAGAAAGUGAUCCAGUAUCAGAAGCAGCUACAGCAGAGUUACCUGGCCAUGUACCAACGUAACCAGUGUCUGGAGAAGACCCUCAAGCAGCUGGCUCAUGGAGAAGGUGCUGGGGAGCCUUUUGAGAUUGACCUUCAAGGGGCUGAUAUCCCUUAUGAAGACAUCAUAGCCACAGAGAUUUGAGGAGCAUUUAGGGAGUGGUCAAGCCAAGGACUUGUUACUGGGAGAUGAGGGUAGUGAGGUCUCCUCAUAUUCCUUACUCAAUUACUCUGGAUUCUCUGUGAGGAGCCUACCCUUGGGCACAAACUUGAGCUUUGAGGAGAGGAGGAAGGAAGGA